AGUAACCAUUCACUCUCAAACCUCAAAAACCCUAACAUUUACAAAGUCAGCGGUAAUUAAAAAGAAUGGCGGAAGAGGCAUCUAGUUUGGUUGGAGUCCUUGAGACAACCGUGGAGCUAAAAUCCUCGGCGGAGAAGUUCCAUGACAUGCUUGUCGGGAGACCACACCAUGUCUCCAAUGCAACUCCAUCGAACGUUCAGGGAGCUGAGCUGCAAGAAGGUGAAAUGGGCCAAGUUGGCGCAAUCAUCUCCUGGAAUUACGUUCAUGAUGGAGAGGCAAAAGUAGUGAAAGAGAGGAUCGAGGCAGUAGAUCCGGAGAACAAUCGGGUUACGUACAAGGUAUUAGAGGGUGAUUUAUUAAAAGAAUACACGAAUUUCGUGAUCACCUUACAAGUGACCCCUAAGGAAGGAGAACCUGGAAGUGUUGCACAUUGGCACUUUGAGUACGAGAAAAUUAAUGAAGAAGUGGCUCAUCCUGAAACUCUCCUACAGUUGGCUGUUGAAGUCUCUAAGGAGAUGGAUGAGCAUCUCUUAUCCGAGGAAUAGAGGAUAUGAUCAUCUCUUAAUCUCUUAUAUAUAUAUAUAUAUAUGUGUGUGUGAAGUCUUUAAGCACGUCUGCUUAAUUACUAUGUAUGUGAAAUUGCAAUAAACAACGAGCCGUGUCCGAGCUUGUGUGUGUCAUGUACGUGUAUGCAUACUACUACUGUCGACUUGUGUUUGAGCUUAAUUCAUAAAAUGCAUACUUUUGAUACUGUCGAUCGUUUGAAGUUAAUACAGUAAAUUGAAGAUACGUGUAAAA